UUCCGGUUUAUUUGUUUGGAUUGCUGUGAGAGAAUUAAAAUUGUAAAAAUCUGGACUUCUUCAAACUAAAAUGAAAUUCUACGGGUAGUGCAAAGUUUUCUGCAUGGUUAACAAUGAUUGAGGGAACAACCCGUGAAAACCAGCUAUCAAUUAACCUUGGGUUUGAUGAUUACAGCAAUGGAAAAGACUACAAAAAGAGACAGUCAGUUUUCAGGGUAUGGAAAAGACUGUCUAGUUUACAGAGAAGUGUGAUUUGUUUUGUUUUACUAUUGGGAGGAAUCAGUAUUAUAUACAUAGUGUCAUCAGUAAGAAAAGGUCAUAGAGGUAGUUAUGGAGGACCAAGUGAACUCAGUGAUUUUCUGGACUCAAAAGAGAGACAGCAGAUGGAGCAAGAGAAGCGAGAAUACAUACAGAAAAUGAAACGGAGACAUGCUGCCGAGCAAGUUAAUCAAAUAGUGAAAAAGAACCAGGAAAAUAUCAGGAUUAAGAAAGGACCACCCUCAAGAAAGAAAUCCGAGAAAGAAGACAAGGGACUGGACAGAGUACAGCUUCCUCCUUACGAAAAAGAGGGACAAUUGGUAAGGGACGAGCGAUUUCCCCAUGGGAACGAGGAUGAAGAUAAUGACAGAGACGACAAUGUUGAUGGACAUUUAAAUUUACCUCCAAAGACAGCAGGUGAUGAUUUUGUGGACCAAGCAAGUGAUGGGCCUUAUGACUAUUUUGAUCCAAAGAGACAGUUUUCAGAAAAGCAGAAAGCAAUUCAAGAUGCCUUUAAGUUUGCCUGGAAGGGAUAUAAACAGCAUGCCUGGGGCCAUGAUGAAUAUCAUCCAAUCAGUAAGAGCCACUCUGAGUGGUUUGGAGUGGGUCUGACUAUCGUAGAUUCUGUUGAUACAGCCAUUAUCAUGGGACUUAAAGAUGAAUAUUUGGAGGCUAGAGAAUGGGUUGACAAGUCCUUGACCUUUGACAAGGAUAAAGAUGUCAACUUGUUUGAGAUCACUAUCCGUGCCUUGGGAGGACUUCUGUCUGCUUAUCACCUGACAAAUGAUGAAGUAUUUAAAAACAAGGCUAAAGAGUUGGGGGAUCGCCUUUUACCUUGCUUUAAAUCUCCGUCAAAUGUCCCUUUCUCUGAUGUGAACCUGAGGACUGGACAUGCCCACGCCCCCCGGUGGGGCCCUGACAGCAGCACAUCAGAGGUGACCACCAUACAAUUGGAAUUCCGAGAUCUCAGCAGAAUCACAAAGGAUAAUAGAUAUGAGCAUGCAGUAGAUGUAGUGUCAGAACAUGUUCACAAACUACCAAAGAAGGAUGGACUAGUGCCAAUAUUUAUCAAUGCCAAUACAGGGUCUUUCAGAAGUUCUGCCACCAUUACAUUUGGUGCUAGAGGAGACAGUUACUAUGAGUAUUUAUUGAAGCAGUGGAUACAGACAGGAAAACAGAAGGAGUAUUUGAAACAGGACUAUGUGCAGGCAGUAGAGGGCAUUAAGACUCACUUACUGAAGGAAUCUGAACCCAGUAAACUGCUGUACAUAGGGGAGCUACUGGGAGGGAGGUCAUUCAGUCCUAAAAUGGAUCAUUUAGUUUGUUUUAUGCCAGGAACAUUGGCUUUGGGGCAUCAACAUGGUCUUCCAAAGGAUCAUAUGGAAAUUGCCACUAAAUUAGCGAAAACAUGUUAUGAAAUGUAUAAUAAAAUGCCAACCAAACUCAGUCCUGAGAUUGUGUAUUUUAAUCAGGCACCAGGUUCCAGUGAUGAUCUCAUAGUCAAACCGCUAGAUGCCCACAACCUGUUGCGUCCAGAGACCGUAGAGAGUCUAUUUUACAUGUACCGAUUUACUCAGGACAAGAAGUACCGAGACUGGGGCUGGCAGAUCUUCCUAGCCUUCAUGAAAUACACCAAGAUCGAGGGGGCUGGCUUCUCCUCCAUCAACAAUGUCAAGAGCCCGAGUAACCCAGGGUACAAAGACAAACUAGAGAGCUUCUUCUUAGCAGAGACUCUCAAGUACCUGUUCUUAUUAUUCAGUGACGAUCCUAAACUGAUACCCCUAGACAAGUUUGUGUUUAACACUGAGGCUCAUCCCCUGCCCAUUUACUCCGAGUGAUUUUAAUAAUUGUUCUUGUGUCAAAUAGAGUGAUUGUAUGUGUGUGUAGGAUUUAAAGUACAUUCAUAGGAUAUAUUGUGUGCUAGAUUAAUGUGAAUAUUUGGUGCAUCUCCUUAUAAGGUGUGUGAAUAAUUUACCAUGUGAUAUACAAUGAAAAGAUACAACACUGAAUUUGCUCAUUAUUGUAAAUUUUUACACUGAACAUAGAAUAUACGAAGACUGAACAUAUUUGAAAUGUUUGUACAUUAUUUAAGCUAUAAGUGUGCAAUCUGUGUGUUAUGCUCUAAAUCCAUCUUGUAUGCUUGAUUAUGUUAAUAUCUUCUGUCUUUAGUUUAAUAUUUCUUCUCAUGUGUAUUGCUUGUCAAAAGCAAGUUUUCUCUUAUUAUCCAAGGGUUCUUUUUGAAAUGUUGAAAAUGUAUUUUUCAUUUAUUUACUGACUUCAUUAUAUUAUUUUAAAUCAACCUUACUGCAUAUAAAAAAUGUAUGUGUAUAUUAGGUUGUAUGAACAGUGUUAAAUAAUUUUUUAGUAUGUGAAUUGAAACAGUAUAGAAGAUUUAUGAUUUGGUUAACUCUGGUGUUUCAACACUGGUGGAAAUAUUAAUCAUAAAAAAUUCAUAACACUUUAAAGCUGAAAUAUGCUACUAAUGGUAUUCUGUUAUUUUAUCCACAAAAAGGGAGUGUAUAUAAAGUAAUAUCACAGUAAUAUUGGUCAAAAUUAAUCUUAGCUGCAGAACUGUAGCUCUCUGCUUUAUCUUUUCCGAAUUUUCUCAAGCAGAGAGCUACAGUUCUUCAGGCUAAAUUAAUCUACUACAUAUCAACUCAUUUAAAUGAAAUGGAAUAAUAAUAAUAAUAAUAUGCAGUAAGACAGAAGAGAUUCAAGUAAGAGUGUUACAUGUAGAAAAAAAAAUUACAAAUGUAUUUCCACCAUUUUAAAAUAAUUACAAGUUCCAGUAGGUUUGUGUAAAUAUUUGUGUUUACCUCAUUAUUAUUAUUUUAAUUUCUUGCAUCUUUGAUUUGUUUUCAGAUUAUUUAUUAUGAUCUUACUUCACAUUCCUAGUCAUAUACUGUACUUGUUGCAUUGUAUUGUUUUUUUUUAUAAGAACUGUGUCAUAUAAUAAUGAUGUGGUCAGGGAAAACAUAAUAGGAAUAUUUUUUAAAUAUCACUAAAAUUCUUGUUUAGAUAAAAUUCUUUCAUAAUAUUAAAAUCUAUGUAGAACAUAAAUGAUUUUACCAAAGAAACUUGUAUAUUCAAUUACAGUCAAACCUCGUUAUCCUAACUUGAUGAAACCAAGACAAUAGUUUGAGAUAUCUGAGGAUUCAAGAUAUCCAGGGUUAAAUACAUAAGAAAUAAGUGCUUGGGACUUCAAAAUCACUUAAACAUAUCCAUAUUAUUUGAUAGCGGUGAUCUAGAUAUCGCAAGUCGACUGUACAUGUAUGAAUUAGCUACCGUAUAAGUAGAAUUUUUAGCGAGGAUUUAAUUUUGGCAUUAUUAGCGAGGGUGCCGAGAUCGCUAAAAUUAAAUAUCGCUAAAAAUUAAUUGCGUUUAUUUGUAAUAGCCUCUUUAAUGUGCAUUUUAAAAUCGCUAAAAUAACAUCUUGCUAAAAAUAAAUUACCAGUUUUUAAGGACUAAUCGCUAAAUUUGUGUCUCGCUAAAAUUUCCACUAAUAUACGGUAUUAAAAUAAUGAGCAGAUUUUAUUGCAAAAAAUGUCACCUAAGGAGACUAAUUACAGUGAAUGCAAAAUGUAUUUUAAAGAUGUUAAAACAAUUAUAGAGUUUUGUGCUGAAUGAAUAUUGUCUGUUUGUCCUCUGUGUCUUGUAAGGUUGUCAGUCUAUUACUUAUAAACUUUUUCAUAACUUUAAGAUGCACUGCCAGAACUAACAGUGAACACAUAUGAACAUUAAUUUUUUCUUGAAUUUAAAGCUUGACCAGUAGUGCAAUUUAAUCUAUACAGCAUUCUAGAUGGCACAGAUUUUAUAUUUUCAUAUUCAUACUUAAUAUACCAACAUCAAGGGUCUAUUUUUGGGCAGUAUGAGAUUACAAAAAGUAGUUUUUAUGUAUUUUUGGAUAUUUCUUGAAUUUAUUUUUUUAAUCUAGAUUUUGUACAGAAACA